AGAGAGAGAGAACAGCCGUGUUCUCGGUUCCCCUCCUCGGUUCCCCUCCUCCGGUGUCUUCUGGCUUCGCUUCUCCCCUCUGCAACCACAACAAUUUACAAGCAGCGGCGGCGGUGGCGGUUCUGCGCGCUUCCGGUGGUCCCGGAGCCAAGGACGGCGUUACGGAGGCGGCGAGGGUUCGGACUUUCAGCGGCCGCGUGCGAGUUGCUGCAAGGGAGCUGUGAUCUGCUUGUUGCAAAGUACCUGCUACCGUCGGUUUGAUCUUGCUGAUUCAUCCCAACUAGGAAGUCGAAAAAGAUUACUAUGAGCACCAUGGCGUGGUAUCCGUUGCCGCAGAGUGGAAGUGCGAUGUCGGCCGGCGACGAAUUCUUCGAGAACCAGAGCGCCGGCUGGUCGCUGUGGAGUUUCAGCUCCUCCGACGAUCAGAGAGCAGCCCCGUCGUGCUCAGUCAAGCAGGAGAGCGGCGGCGCGCGUUCAGAAGAGCAGCCUGUCCCGGCGCCACUUGAGCCGCAUCAGUGCGCGCACCCAACCGACGAGAUCUUCCUGAGCCAGUUCUCGGACGAGGACAUGCGGCGGAUGGAUGCCCCGUUCGAGGCGCUGGACAUGUUCCCGGACUCCAUGCACCGGCUCCUCUCCUACGAGGACAUGCUCAGCGGCGUGCUCACCGGGAAUUCAUCCGAGGAUCAGGAUACCGAGCUCAAGCUGGACCGGAAUGGGGUGGACACCUUGGACACCUGCGGCUUCCCUCUGUUCAGCCACGACCUGCAGAACGCGGAGCCGGACAACACCAUGGAUACCCCGUCCAUGGAUAAGGAUGGGAUGGGCGCGACGAAGAGGAGCAGGUCGUUGGCUGAUGACGAGAGCCCGAGGGGCUUCGAGGCGCUGGUGCUGGAGGAACUCGAGGACGUGGUGUUCCUGCUGACCAGGAACACGCGGAUCUGCUUCCGGGACGCCUUCUUCAGGCUGGCUGAAUGCUCAUCGAAAGCCCCCCGGUGCACCGGCCCCAGCAGGCUGAGCGUUCAUCCAUCCGCUGAGGGCAAUGCAUCCAGGGCCCCAGCAGCAGCAGGUUGCCCGGAGCGCGGGACGAACGCGAUCGACAGGACGGUGGCGGACCUGACGAUGAGGCCGCCGUGCCCCGCUCCUCUUGAGGUCCACGGUAGCUGCCUCGCCGGCGGCUCGGGGGCGGCGGCGCAGUCCACGACCGGCUGGACGGCGAGGGAGUAGGAGGAGACCGGCAGGCCGAUCCAUCUUUUUUUCCCAGCUACGACGACGAUGGCCAUGUGUUUGCGGAGAUGCAGUACAAGCAGAGAUCUGUACAUACUGCUGUGACAUCUCUCUUUUUUUUUCCUUAUUCAUAUUCAAAAAAUUACGAGCAGAGGAACAUCAUACAUGACUAGCUGCCAUGUUAUACGCUUAUGCGUGUUGAUGUCUAAAGCACUUUGCCUGAUUCUGGCAGUAAAACAUUUGCGAAGUUUAUCUGCAACAACGCAGUGUAAUGCCACUACUGUUUGUGCAGUCCCUCGUUUUCUUUUAAUGUGUUUCAAAUUCAGGUGA